AGACUCCGCCCUUGGGCGGGGCCUGGAUGCGGCCGGAGCAGAGCAGCGCUGGAGCCGGAGCCUCAGCCCUCAGGCGCCACUGUGAGGACCUGACCGGACCAGACCAUCCCGCAGCGCCCCGCCCCGGCCCCCUCCGCGCCCUCCCGCCGCCAGGUCCUGCCGUCCCGCCGACCGUCCGGGAGCGAACCCGUCGUCCCGCACUCGGAGUCCGCGAUGGCUUCAGUGACAGAUGGUAAAACUGGAGUCAAAGAUGCCUCUGACCAGAAUUUUGACUACAUGUUUAAGCUGCUUAUCAUUGGCAACAGCAGUGUUGGCAAGACCUCCUUCCUCUUCCGCUAUGCUGAUGACACGUUCACCCCAGCCUUCGUUAGCACUGUGGGCAUCGACUUCAAGGUGAAGACAGUCUACCGUCACGAGAAGCGGGUGAAACUGCAGAUCUGGGACACAGCUGGGCAGGAGCGGUACCGGACCAUCACAACAGCCUAUUACCGUGGGGCCAUGGGCUUCAUUCUGAUGUAUGACAUCACCAAUGAAGAGUCCUUCAAUGCUGUCCAAGACUGGGCUACUCAGAUCAAGACCUACUCCUGGGACAAUGCACAAGUUAUUCUGGUGGGGAACAAGUGUGACAUGGAGGAAGAGAGGGUUGUUCCCACUGAGAAGGGCCGGCUCCUUGCAGAGCAGCUUGGGUUUGAUUUCUUUGAAGCCAGUGCAAAGGAGAACAUCAGUGUAAGGCAGGCCUUUGAGCGCCUGGUGGAUGCCAUUUGCGACAAGAUGUCUGAUUCGCUGGACACAGACCCGUCGAUGCUGGGCUCCUCCAAGAACACACGUCUCUCGGACACUCCACCGCUGCUGCAGCAGAACUGCUCAUGCUAGGCAAGGCCCACCUUCCUGACCUCCCCUCAUUGUGGCCCCACACCCAGUCUGCUUCUCCCUGUUACACACUGUCCACUCUCAGCCCACUCUCCCUGUUACACACUGCCCACACUCAGAGCAAGAUGAGUUGCUGCUAUUCUUUGCCUGCCCCUGGGGUUCUCUGCAGAUGGUCCCAGUAAUAGAUACUCAGCACUAGACUAACAGAACAGGUCACUACACGGGUGCAGAAUCACUUUACAAAAGAAGACUCUGUUUUACGAAGGGGAUUCACUACAGGGACUUAGAGAACAGUCUCUUUUCUGCCUUUAAAAUGAGAUUUCCUCCAUUUACCAAAAUUUGACACGCACACAUUCUUCAGGGGCAUGCCAAUUGCGUAAAGUGAGGCUCGCCUGCAUAGCUAAUCCUAUUAAAGACAACUUCUCAAAGCACAACGUGCUUGUUUCCUAUCGGGCUCCCUGCGGGGCUUUCUCUCACUACAAGUCAAGCUUGGGCUCUCAAAGCCCUGCGCCUGUUACCACGGAUGCCCACAGGGCCUGGGCAGUUGCUGUGGUGACAGGAAGAGCUAAUCUUCAGAGAGCUCAGACUCUCUAAUGUUGCUGAAGGAGCAAAGGCUGAGUCAGAAACACACUUAAGAGAAAAGGAUUAUCCCCUACAAAAUGUCAGAGGUUCCUGCUAUAUGAAAGAGCAAGUAGGUAUGCUCAAGAAAGACAAACAGAGAAAAAGAGAAACAGGCAAGAUCAAGAAACAGAUCAUGAGUUUCUGAUUUUGCUGCUUUCCAGUUGGUUCUUAACUAUGGGAACUUAGUGAAAUUGGUUAUUGGUUCUUAGACUCCUAGAACCUGAGGAUUUUAGAUUUGACGGGAUUCCCAAAUUUACCUAGUCUGACUAGUCAGUUCCAACCUUCCUUUUUCUGACAAGUGACUGUCAAGCCUAACAAUCAAAUCUCUUUCUUUUAAAGCACACCUUCUAGGCAGGGACAGGAGCUCAUUUUCCACACCCUCUUUGUCAACUCUCAUAGAAAGUUUUCCUUGCUUCAAGCUCAAAUCUGCCUCCUGGAAAUUAUUCUUCUUCCCUCCCUGUUGGUACCAGCUCUGCUGUCAGAGACUUCACAGUCUGUGCUCCCUCUGCCCUGUGACAUCUUCAGACUAUUUGAGAACAGGAAUCAUGACUCCUGGGACUUGCCUUUCUCUAGGUCAAAUACCUCUAUAAUUCCAUCUGCUGUUCUUCAUAGGGUCUUCUCCCUGUCCUGCCCUUUUCCUCCAAUCCAUCUUUUAACUGCUCUUGAGCAGUCUAACUGAGAAGUAUGAUUCAAAGCAAAAUAAAUCUUAAGGUGGCAUGACUCUGAAAAAAUUGAGAAAAUUGAACUCAGAGAUCCCGAUCCCAACCCCUUUCUCCUGGGAGUGAAACCUUAGUUUCUACCAGAGAGUGUGGGAAACCACUUCUGGUGGAAGCCCCUUAAUUAAACACCUGAGGAAAAAAAUAAAAGAAACUCAGAGACCAGAAUAAAUUAGCUCAUUAUUCUAGCUUGCUUGGCCACAGGGACAUAUUUGGUUUUGGCUGAAAUAACGACAUGGAACUGGCAAUGAUUCCAGAAAACCUUUCUUCUCUAUCAUGGCCUGAAUCCUCAGCCACCUCAAAAGUCAGCGGGCAGGAGGAGUCUCUCCCCAGUUUUCUUUUCAUUUCAAAUGAGGCUCAUUGUCCUAGAAAAGUACAUUAACUAGCAACCAGUCCAAUGACUAAAUAAAAGGACCAUCCAGCUGUGGCUCACACCUGUAAUUCCAGCACUUUGGAAAGCCAAGGCAGGAGGAACACUUGAGGCCAGGAGUUUGAGACCAGCCUGGGCAAUGUGGUCAAAUUCUAUCCCUACAAAAAAAAAAAUUAGCCAGAUGUGAUGGUGCAUGCCUGUAGUCCCAGCUACUUGGGAGGCUGAGGCAGGAGGAUUGCUUGAGCCCAGGAAUUUGAGGUUGCAGUGAGCUGUAAUUAUGCCACUGCAUUCCAGUCUGGGUGACAGAGUAAGACCCUGUCUCUCUCUCUCUCUUUCUCUCUCUCUCUUUUUUCUUUUAAAGGAGUCAGCUCUACAAAGAUGUUGCUUUCUUUGAUGCAAUGCAGAGAGCAGAGCUUUGGACUUGGAAUCAGGAGACCUGGACUCUGUCAUUAAAUCAACUGUGACUCUGGGCCAGUUACUUUCCAUUUAUGAGUCUUGAUUUCCUACUUAUAAAAUGAGGGAGCUUAUCUGGAUGAUCUUUAAGGUCUCUUUUGGCACUAAUAACUCGGUGUCUCUUUUUUUUUCACCUUCACCAUUUCAGUUGAUCCACCAAACAAACCUGAGAGAUCAGGAUUGGCAUCCAAGAGUUGUCUCGGCCGACUCUGAUGUCAUGCUUACUCUGUACUAGACAUUGUUCCAAGCAUUUUACGUGCAUUAACCCAUUUAUCUUCCCAACAUCUUGUGAGGGAGGCACUGUAGUGAACCUCAUUUGAAGAUGAGGAAACAAAGGUACAAAGAGGUUCUAGCUGGACCUCUAAAGUCACAUAAUAAGUAAGUGGUAGAGCUGGAGUUCACAUCCAGGCAGUAGGCUCCAAGGUCUGUGCUCUUAACCACAUUCUGGGCCGCAUCUUUUAUAGACAAACUAUGAUCCAGAGAGAUUACGAGACUUGGAUCACAUACCAAGAGAGUGUUAAAGCCACAUCAGGAUUCAAUUCCAGGGCCAUCAGAUUCCAAGUCCACUGGAGAAAAGAUGUAUAUCUCUAAUCUGUUAACAAAUUGCUCAACUACUCAGACUAAUCCCAGGUGAUGGAUGUCUAAUGCUCAGGAAAGGCGAGUCAGUCUCUGAGGCAACAGAUCCCAUGGGCCUGGGUAGAAAAUGCCCAGUGCUUCCCAGUCCCAAGUGCUGGCUUUCCCUGUAUCUGCCUCUGCCAGGCAACACUUAUCAGGCUCCCAAUCAGCAGGAGCCUCCAUGCUCCACUUUGAACAGCCUCUAUGCUCCAGCAAUGGGGCAUUUGUGAAGAAUGACUUGAUUAACUUUUCUGACCAUGGGUAUAAUACAGUUGCUUCAGAGGGCAGUGGUUCUGGGUGUGAUUUUUACACUGUAACGUUGUAUACAGUGUCAUGGAUAAUUACUAUUUUUUUCUGGUCAUUAACACUCACCUACUCUAGUACUAGGAUUUCAGACCAAGGUCCUCAUGACGCCUGGAUAUUUUAGUAUCUAUAUCCAAUAAUCUUUUCUCUCCUACUGAAUAUCCAGGCAAAGAUGAAAUUGUUUUCUUUAAAACUGUCAAAUUCUGUAAAACUCAGGAGCCAGUUCAAGGGAAUAAGCAUCUUCACAAUAGAUGGAAUCAAGAGUUAAAUGUUAUAGUGGCAAGCUUGUCUACUGGGCAACAGACAACCAGACCUGCUUGUGAGAUGGCAGCUCCCCAGCCCUGCUCUGUGACCUCAUUUCUGUCAAAUGAAAGGCAGCAGCUUCCAGCUGAUUGCAGCAUAGUGUUCAUCAAUCACAGUAAUAGCGCAAUUAGCCACCAAGGUUCAAGCUGUGUAAUACGUGUUAGUGGCAACUUGUCCUGGAUUUAAUCUUCCUCAACAAUCCAAAUAAAAUAUUUAAAAACUCUUGACUUCUGGCUGGGCGCAGCAGCUCAUGCCUGUAAUCCCAGCACUUUGGGAGGCCGAGGUGGGCAGAUCACCUGAGGUCAGGAGUUCAAGACCAGCCUGGGCAACAUGGUGAAACCCCAUCUCUACUAAAAAUGUAAACAUUAGCCAGGCGUGGUGGUGGGCACCUGAAAUCCCUACUCAGGAGGCUGAGGCAGAGAAUCGCUUGAACCUGGGAGGCAGAGGUUGCAGUGAGCCGAGAUCGUGCCACUGCACUUCAGCCUGGGUGACAGAGCGAGACUCCAUCUCAAAACAAAACAAGCAAACAAACAACAACAACAAAAAAAAACCUCUUGACUUCUAAAGAGGCAAAAGUGGCCAAAAGUGCGAUAUAGUAUUGUGUUUAUUUACAUCUAUUUUAAAUCCAUGUGUAUCUGUAAAUACAAAGUGAUUCGUGACUCAUUGUCUCCUCAGUCUAUAGCAUUAUUAACUUCUAGGAGCAGCAGUGGAGUAGAGUGUACUGAAUGGUCACAGACUCAUCGAUUAUCAGAUCUGGAAAGGAGCUUAGAGAAGAUCUGUUCCAGGCUCCUAUUUUAUAGAAGGGAAGGUUGACAUCCAAAGAAUGGAAGGAAAUCUCCUAAUUAUUCUGAGAGUAUCACAGUGAUGGAGCCAGGACUAGGUCCUGGAUCACCUCUAAGAAGACACUUAGCUAUUUGACUAUCGACUAGGGCCUAGCAUUAUUAAGCACUAGAUAAAUACAGAUGAAAAAAAAAUGAUCCCUGCCUGCAAGGUCCUAUGAUCUAAUGGAGAUGCUGUUUCUAAAAUAUUAUUAUCCCAAUUUGGCAGUCAAGGAAACAGCCCUGGAAAAGUUAACACGCUCAAGUCACCCACUAGCAUCAUUUGAACCCUCCUCUGUCUGACUCAUGCUCUUUCAAAUUUUUUUCUUCAGAUUGUCUUAGAAGGGUAGAUGGGAUAUACCCUCUGGUAGUACCAGGCUCCCAAGGAUUCUUAGAGUUAAAUAACUUCAGUUAAUUAAAUAACCACAAUUGCCUGGUGACCGAAGCCUUAUAACAUCCACAGAAUAAGACCAUUCUCCAGACCUGACUCCCCAACUCAUAUCACCUGCUCCUGCUGGCCACUAAGCUCCUUGCUUGGAUAUCGAGUUUUCUGGAGUAUCCUGAGGAAUGUUUGUUUGACUUUGUUUGCCAACAGUUUGGGGGAAGGGGAAAGAACUACAAUAAUCAGUGUCCAAGGAUCUCAUUGAUUUCAGAUUCCCUGCCCCAAGCCUACACCCAAUUACCUGCCAUAGUUGGGGAAUCAAGUAGCAUCCUGUGGCUGGAAGUAAAUGCAAAACACUAGUCCGUGAGAUAGAAAUACUGUUAAAUGAUGGUUUUUUAAGGUCCUGAUCCAUUAUAUGAAGUAGACAAAAUUCAAAUUUAUUUAUUCAUUUAUUUUCUCAACAAAUGAAUAUAUAUUAUGUGCCAGGAUACAAGUAGUGGCAAAUUAGACACAGUUCUUGCUUUCAUGAAACGUAUAGCUUCAUGAUUUAGUCUAGACAUUGUCAAAUCAUCACCCAAAUAUAAUUACAAAGUACUCUAAAGGAAAGGCACAUGAUGCUGUGAGAACACUCAACUGGGAAACUGGAAUCACCUUUGAGAAACUGUUUCAGGGGCUCUUGGAAGAGUCUACUGCUCGCAAAUAUCUGCUACCCACUGGCCAUUGCUUUACAUUCCUCAACUAAGCUUUCAUCUUUUAGUACUAACCUUUGAUGACUGAUCAAAUGCAAAUGCCCCAAGAAGAGUGAGGAUAGGAGAAAGAAUAUCUCUACCUGUGAAACAUUGUUAGACUGCCUGGCUAGGAGUUCAUUGUUGUUUUCUGAAGGACGUAACCAACCACUCCAAAACUUACAGGCUUAAAACAACAAACAUGUAUCAUUUCUUAUGAUUCUGUGGGUUGGCUGGGUGGUUCUUCUGGCUGAGGCAGGAUGGUCUAGGAUAGCUACAUCCACAUGUCUGGGGUCCCAGCUGAGAUGACUGGGGCUGUUGAGGCCUUUCUCCCUGUGGUGUCAUCCUCCAUAAGGCCACCCAGAUUUGUCCAUAUGGUAGCAGGAGUUUCCUCGAAGCAAGAGAGGGCAAGAUCCAACACAGAAGCACUUUUCAAGCUCUGUUUCCAUCACAUUUGCCAAUGUCUCACUGAUGAACACAAGUUCCAUGGCCAAGUCCAGUUUUAAGAAAUGGAGAAAUAGGGCUGGGCUCAGUGGCUCACACCUGUAAUCCCAGCACUUUGGGAGGCCAAGGCAUGCGGAUCAUUUGAGGUCAGGAGUUCCAGACCAGCCUGGCCAACAUGGUGAAAACCCAUCUCUACUAAAAAUACAAAAGUUAGCUGGGUACAGUGGCAGGCAUCUGUAAUCCCAGCUAUUUGGGAGGCUGAAGCACAAGAAUUGCUUGAACCCAGGAGGAGGAGGUUGCUAUGAGCCUAAAUUGCACCACUGCACUUCCGCCUGGGCGAUAGAGCCAGACUCAGUCUCAAAAAAAAAAAAAAGGGAGGGGGAAAUAGAUGCCAUCUCUUUAUGGGAGGAGCUACAAAAUAUGGUGACCAAUUUUUCAAUCUACCACAGGAAGCACCCUCAGUCCUCUGAAACUAAGUCUGGUAGAUGUCCUGGGGUCUUAAAACAUGGCUCCGAUGAUAUCACCAAAGACAAGUGGCAAAAUUGUAUAGGGCAGGGCAGUCUUAUCAUUUGUUUAAUAGUGAUCCAAAGGAUUUACUUUGGAGGAAUCAAGACACUCUAGAUGAAGAAGUUUUGAUGCUUGUUAAACAGUCCAUUUGGAUACCUCUUAGCUAUCCCCGAGGGAUGAAUCUGACUUCUCAUUUCACAGGAUUCACCGUUGAUAAUGGUUGUAAUUCCUACCUGAUGUUCCUGGCCAGAAGCCCAGCAGAAAAAUUCAGUAUAUAUAGAAAAGAUGGCUCCAAGAACAUUUGGACCUUCUGUUCUAACUGUACUUCCUUCCUUGAUGUACUCAUCUAGUCCUGAGGCUUUAGAUGCCAAGUCUUUGAUAAUAACAUGUGUACCUAAGUGCCUACUGGACAUUUUCAUGUCUCAGACUUAACAUGUCCAAAUUGAAACUCUUGAUUCUGCCCCCAAACUUGUUUGAACCCCAGUCUUCACAGAAAACUCAUCCUUAAUUCUUUGAUUUUUCUCUUUUUCUCAGCCUCCUUGUCUAAUCUAGCAGCAGAUCCUAGGGUUUUACUUCUAAAUAUAUCUCAAAUCUGAUCAUUUUUCUCCAUUUUCAUUGGCAUGACCUUGGUCCAGGCCACCAUUGUUUUCUGCCCUAGAGAGCUACCACAGAGUUCCUAACAUUUCCCUACUUACAUAAUUACUCCACUCUAGUCCAUUCUGUCUCACAGGAGUAACAUUAUUUAUUUAUAUUUAUAUAUAUAUAUAUAUAUAUAUAUAUAUUUUUUUUUUUUAAUAGAGACAGGGUCUUGCUAUGUUGCCCAAGCUGGUUUCAAAUUCUGGCCUCAAGCGAUCCUCUUGCCUUGGCCUCCUGAGUCACUAGGAUUGUACUUAUGAGCCACCGCAUCCAGCCUCAAUGGCAAUCUCUUAAAAAUCUAAAUAAAUGAACGGCUCAGUAACACUGAGGUUUACUUCACACGAAAACAAUCCAAACCUUGGCAAGAUGGUGAAACCCUGUCUCUACAAAAAAUACAAAAGAUUAACUGGGCAUGGUAGCCUGCACCUAUAGUCCCAGCUACUUGGGAGGCUGAGGUAGGAGGAUCGAUUGAGCCCUGGAGGUCAAGAAUACAGUGAGCCAUAGCCAUGAUUGUACACUGUGCCACUCCAGCCUGGGUGACAGAGCAAGACCCUGUCCCCCUCUUAAAAAAAAAAAAAAAAAAAGAAAGAAAGAAAAAAAAGAAGAAAAGGAAAGAAAUGAAGAGAAUUCAGAGACUUCCAUUAUUAUUAAUACCUACUUUAUUGAUUCUGUUUCUGGCUCUGAGUCCGCUCCUAACUUGCUAUAGGAUCUCUGGUAAAUCAUUUCCUGUAAUAAGCAGCUGUCACCUCUCUCCUUGUUUCUUCCAGAAAUAGUAAUCUCUUCUUUAGUAGUACUACUACUCCCUAACCCAAACCAGGUGAUUCUAGUGAAGACUGUCAAUAAACGGAGCAUGUGAUCAAGCAGGGCCCGUCAGAAUCCUUCCCUAAGAUUUUUAUAAAAAGCUGGACCUAUUCUUUUUCCAUUUGAGUGGCAAAUAUUUGAAGAUAUGAGGUCUAAAGCUGUGAUGGCUUAUUCUCCAUCCCUGUGUAAAUUCUAGUCUAUAGUAAGCAAAAACAAGGCCAUUAGGCAGAGGGCAGCAGAGACAUAAGGUGAGAAAGAGUGUGGUCUCUGGUUUUCUAGACCCUGAUUCUGGUUUGGAGGCUUGGCUGAUCACCUCUUCCUUUGAUUCUGAUAGAAAGCUCAGCGUAUCUUUCUAAUAAAACCCCCCUUUGCUUUGCUUGUUGGAGUUAGGUUCUUAUCCCUUGCAACCAAAAAUAUAUUGUCUCUUCUUUUGUUCUCAGUUUUCUCAUUUAUAUAUCCUUCUAGCUCCAAAGCACAGAAAUUCUAAAACAAACAAACAAAAACAAAAAAACAAAAAAAAACUGGGUCUUUCAGAAAAUCCCACUGAUAUAGACUUUCUGAUCCAGAAUGUAUAAUCUGGAAAAGAAGCCUACCCUCGUCUCCAUCCUCUCUUCUUGUACCUGAAGGAACGAAGAAGAGGGAUUUCUCAAGGUGAGAAGCAGUUCUCCAUGGACACUGAUGACAGCACAGGCAAAGUUUCCUAUGACUAGGGAUCACUGUCCACACAGAGUCUGGCUUCCCAGGUAUCCAGCAGGUCGACAAAACAGCUAACUCCACUGCCACUCCUUUCUCCACAUCCAUUCCUAUUUCUCAGCCAUCUCAGUGACAUCUGCCGUCUUGAGAGUCAACUACUGACUGGACUGAGUUGUGUGGUAUAUGCUUCUGUUUACUUCUCUUCUGUCUUUUUAAGUGGCCAAAUAGCAAACGCUUAAAUAGGAAAUCUCUGGGAGACUUGAAUAAAAGACUUUGCUUGGUAGAAAAUCAUGUCACAGAAAGGCUAAUAGACAGCAAAGUAAGUCAGCAAGUCCCUGAGCAGUAGGAUUAGGAUUCCUGUCUCCUUUCAGAUUCAAAUGCAUCUCUUUCUGGGGUUAACAGUGGACUGUUAAGAGGCUGUGCAGCUUGGGUUAAGUCAUUCUUAUCUCUGGGCUUCAGGAGCUUAGACCAGAUAGUUUCUACAGGCUCUCUUGGUGCUGAUGCCUUGGGAUUCUGUGGCUGUUUUCUGUAAGAUCUGCAAGGGGGAAACAGGAUUUUGGCAGCAAUCCUUUCAUUACUAAAGCUUCCUUUCUUUUCGGGUACAGUGAAAAGAGCCAAGGCUGUGUGACCCCCUCAUCACUUAGCCAGGCAUAUGGUCCUGGUUUCUGAGGCUGCCAGAAAGCAUCUUAGCAAUUUGUGUCUGGAUGGUCCAUGCCUGACUAUUCUAGGCUGGAGGUUCCUAAAGAGUAACAAGAGGAAGAGAAACAAGAAUCUCUGACACUUGUUGAGAAUAGAGCACAGUCCCAUUUGUUUGAAAAGAGACACCAGGCAGCCAUGUUUAUGUGCCAGAAAUGCAUUCCACCUCAAGGAGGACUUAAUUUAUGGACCAGUGUGUGCCAGGCUGAGCUGGGCAAGAUCUUUCUCAGGACAAACUCUGCCAUGCAGCUAAAAGCCUGGAAACUAAAGGAUUUCAUGUAGUAAACUAUCUUCCAACCCCUGUAAGCAUCAGACCACAGGAUGAGGUUUCAGAAGGUCAUAAGGCAGAGUAGGUAAGCCUACAGGGCUUACAGUCUGACAGACCUGGGUUCAGUUCUUGGGUCUUCAUCACUAACUAGUUUUGUGACUUUGGGAAGAUGACUCCCGGAGCCUCAGUGAGCCUCAGUUACUUCAUAUGUAAAUGAAGUAAUACUAUCUACUUCACGAGGCUGUUGAAAGGAUUAAAUGGAGAAUGGGUGUAAAACCCUUAGUGCAGUGCCGUGCACACACCGUAGAUGCCGAACGUGUGAUGUUGGCACUACACAAUGUGUAAUCCCAAUCAGGCAGAGCUAGGCAGGCAAAUCUAAUCCAGGAUCUUUGUAAGGGGACUGAGAACCAGAGACUGGAGAAAGCCAGUGUAAACACCAUGAGCAAAGGAGCAAGAGAAGGGGCAUUGUGUAAGUAGGAGAUGGAGCCUGGACUUACUAAGUGGAUCAGGGUAGCAGAAUCCAGUCAGGACCAAGGGAGGAGAGUCCAGGAAAAUGCCAUGAGCAGCUCUGUAGCAUGACCUUGUUGGGCUGGGUUAAAGUAGGGUCUGCCACCAGUCAUCUGACAGAAAGGUACCUCAUGCAAUUCCUCCUUCCCCCAGAAAUCAGCCUCCAGGAGUGAGGAAUGAGCCCAGAAUGAGAGUUUAGAGUGCUCCAGAGCCUUUGUUAGAGGUGCCCUCUGACAUUUAGAAAACCAGGAUUCCAGAGACCUGGGUUUGAGUCCUGACUUUGCAGCAUACUAACUGUGUGAUCUUGAACCAACAUAUUUUCACCUAAUGAGGCUGACAAUCUUCCCUACUUCACAAAAUAGUAAUGAGAGUCAAAUAAAAGUACAUUUUAGAAAGUGAAAUGCUGUGGACAUUUAAGGUGGAGCCACUGUGAGAGUCUAGGGGGGUAGAUGGUAUUCGUCUCAGAAUGAAACUGAAUACACCCCUCUCAGAGCCCUUUCCAAGGAUCCCCUCCUUCUUUCAGCUCCUUCCCUCCACCUCAAUACACAUUCCUGUCCCAGGAACCUAACCUCAUCUAGAAAUACCAGGGCCAGCAUGCCUUACACCUAGAGGUUUGGUUGGCUUCAGAGAAACUUCUGGAGGCUAAAAGCAGCCAAGAAGAAUCAGCCACUACAUGCUGGGCCUGGAUGAACAGAGCAGUGAGCUGUGAUGGGGCUGGUGCUGGGGCCCAGGAGGAGCAGGCAGGAGAGUUUGUAUGCACCAUGAUUCAAAUAUUAUAACAAAAAUCAUCGGUCAUGUGUUAGGCACUUUACAGUUCCCAAAGCACUUUCCCAUCCAUGCCCUGAUGAUCUUUGACACAACACUGUGAUGUGGGUUUUAUUAUUUCCAGUACAGAUGAGGAAAGCUGAGGCCUGCGUCAGUGAAGCAACCUAUCCAAGACUACAUAGAGAAGGCAGUAAAUGGCAGGGUUAGUCUCAGAACAGGGGAGGGUCUGUACCCCCCGCAGUGGGCAGUCUUAAUUCUGAACUUCACCUAUCUGGGGGUGAUAGAGGGGAACAAGAGGAAGCCUGCUGAAGAGAAAACCUAAACCUCUGUUUUGUCUACGUAUGACUUCCUCUGCUUGUGGGAGAGAAGGAAGGAAAGGAACACAUUGUUGUCAGCCCCACAACCCCAACAAAAUUAAACCCUGGAGCAGGUUGAGCAGCAGAGGCUUCCCUCAGAUCAAGGAGCCAGGGGCAGAUGAUCUAUCUCUGUGGCCACACAGAAAGAUGUCACCUUAUGUAAUUUGCAUAUCAUAUUCAAUUCCCCCAACUGCUCUUUCUAAUUUAUUCAACUGGGGACCAGGCUGGUCUCAUGCCAACCUAGGAGAUGUACCAUAGCAGUAUGAGCAGAAUUCCUCAGGAGGAACAAUUAGCAAAAACUGGAGUUGCCUCUCGAUAGGCCUGAGCAGAGAGAGGAACAAUAGCUCUCAUGUCUCUCCUCAUCAGAUUCUAACUAAGCAGAUGUUCUCAUGCUUUUUUCUUCUUCCUAUGUUAUGUAUACUGACACCUCUUCUCAGUGGCAUAUGAAAUAUGAAAUGUCAUGUGUUGUGAGUUUGUAUAAAUAUGAAGGAAUAUAUAUACACAGUAGCAAAAGAGAAGAUCUCAUUUACAAAUAUCUAUGGUGUUUCCUUGUUCUGUGUUGAUCUGUUUUAUUGAUACAAACUGAAUUUUCCUAAUGUAUCUUCUAUCUCUAUUAUAGUGGCAAUGAUGGUAUAUGCAUUAAAGUUCUUCUGAAUUGUG